AUGCUCGUGGUUCAGCUUUACCUCGCACAGGUUUUCUCACCUCUGUUGAGCUUCAGGAAGAUAGAUGAUGCCCAUUAUCGUCUUCUGCACGCCGGUGCUUCAGCUACUCAUUCGUACAUUCGUCGACGGUACUGGAUAUUGGACGGACGUAAUGUAGUACGCAAUCGUCUGCGCAAGUGCAACCGAUGCUUUUCUUGCAAGCCCCGUCCUCUAAUACAGCCAAUGGGCAAUCUUCCACCAGAGCGGCUAUCAUCUGCUAUGGCUUUUCUAACUACUGGUGUCGACUACGCCGGCCCAUUUUAUGUGACGAGUGCACGACUACGCGGAGCCGUUAGCACGAAGGCAUAUCUGGUUGUCUUCAUCUGCUUCUCUACUAAAGCAGUUCAUCUAGAAUUGGCAUCUGAGCUGUCAACCCCAGCGUUCAUCGCUGCUUAUCGGCGCUUUGUUGCACGCCGAGGUCAUACUUCCGUCAUCUUUUCGGAUAACGGGACCAACUUUGUUGGUGCUCAUAACUACCUUCGUGACCUUGGUCGCUUACUGUCUGCUCCACAACAUCAGCAGAGUCUUUGUGAUGCCGCCUCGUCGUCCGGAACUGACUGGCGAUUCAUACCCCCUUCCAGUCCUCACUUUGGCGGCCUGUGGGAGGCCGCUGUAAAAUCUGCUAAACAUCAUCUUACUCGCGUUAUUGGCGAGCAGAAACUCACUUACGAGGAGUUUCUCACCGUCUGCACUCAGGUUGACGCCAUCCUCAACUCUCGUCCUCUAUAUCUUCCAUCAUCUGAUCCUUCUGAUUUUGAGGCCCUUACACCAGGGCAUUUCUUGGUUUUCCGGUCCCUAACAGCUCCUCCUGACAACGAUGUCAGUUCUGUGUCUGUGAACCGGUUAUCUCGUUGGCAACUAGUCCAGCGAUUUCAGCAGGACUUCUGGAAGCGUUGGCGUCAGGAAUACUUGCAUACCUUGCAGCAACGUCACAAGUGGUUGCAACCAUCUACCCCCAUUCUUCCAGGUACUGUAGUCGUCAUUCGAGAUGAUAAUCUUCCUCCUCUGAAAUGGAGUAUCGGUCGUAUAUCAUCUGUUUUUCCUGGAACUGACUCCACCACUCGUGUAGCUGAUGUUACUACUUCCUCUGGGAUAAUUCGACGACCAGUCGUCAAGCUGUGUCCUCUUCCAAGUCAAUAG